CAAGCUCCAGCAUCUGAAGCCUCUCAAAAGCCCCUGUAUUGACUGACCAAUAGUGUCUGAAUCCCAAAUGGGGCACAUAGUGCACUACGUAAUGUGUAACUAAAAAUCAGGCAUUAGUGUACCUACAUAGUGCACACAUACAGGAAGUAUGUAGUGAUUCAGGAUUGGACCGGUGAAGCAGUUUCGGUACGCUUGGGCGAAGAUGGCGCAAGCACUAUCAGAAGAGGAGUUUCACCGUAUGCAGGCUCAGCUUCUGGAGCUGCGAACGCAGAACUACCAGCUCUCAGAUGACCUGCGAAAGAACACUGCAGAGCUCAACAAUGUCCGCCAGAAGACCUUGACCUUGGAGAAAGAUUACCUCAAAGCACAGAAGGCACUUAAUAAGAGCAAGAAAGCUCAGGAGGUGGAUGCGUUGCUGAGUGAAAAUGAGAUGCUUCAGGGCAAACUGCACAGUCAGGAGGAUGAUUUCAGACUGCAGAACAGCACCCUCAUGCAAGAGCUGUCCAAGUUAUGUUCCCAGAUCGAGCAGCUGGAGGCUGAGAAUCAGGGCUUGCGGGAGGGGAGGGGCCUCCAAGCUCACGCCCCUGGCCCUGUGUCCGGCCCGACAGAUGGAGAGCUUCUGCGCCUACAGGCUGAAAACUCCGCCCUGCAGAAGAAACUGGCAGCUCUUCAGGACAGCGAGCAAAACCGCACGCGUGGAGUGGAUGACGGGAAAGAGGCAGCGAUUGACGCCAAUGGUGUCAGCGACCAGCUGCACACAGAUGCUGCACGCUCCAGUGAUGACAUGGCAGCUGCUUCAGCCAAUGACAGACUGGAGCAGGCAAAAAGUGUCCGUCUGGAGCAAAGAGUAAACGAGCUAAGCGAGGUGGAGCUGAAGCUUCAGACAGAGAUGGAGGAGAAGCGAUUACUGAAAGAGCAGCUACAGGCCCUGGAGGCAUCCAAACAAGCUGAACUCGCAAAACUUCAAGAAGAGUGUGCUAAGCUGUCUGACAAGUUAAAGAAAAAACAGGAGAGCUUCCUGCAGCUCCAGGGGGAAAAAGAGGCUCUCUACUACGACAGCAGGACGAAAAUAGACGAGAUCCAGCAGCGCCGAGAGGAGGAGCUGAAAUCCAUAAACCUGCGCGUGCAGAAACUACAGUCUGAUUUAAUGAACGCUAACCAGAAUGUUGCUGAGCUAAAGGAGCAGUUGCAGAGCAAGCAGAAAGUGCACGAGAUGGCUCUCCAUGAACUCAAAGAUCAGGUAGCGUGUCAGAGCGCGGUCAGUCAGGAGCAGGUGGAGGGCAUGCUGAGUGAGAAUGAGGCUCUCAGGACUAACCUAGCCGCCCUAGAACAGAUCCAGACAGUGAAGACUCAGGAGCUGAACCUCCUCAGGGAGCAGAGCAUGGCGCUAAACGUGGAGCUGCAGCAGAGACGCAGUGAGCAGGAGAGCUUACUGGCGCAGAAAGAUGACCUCAGCUCUCAGCUACAGGAGUCAAACCGAGCCAGUAGUAGACUACUGGAACAGAUCUCUGAACUGGGUCUGGAGAAGGAUAAGCUGCAGCAAGAUCUGGAAGAAGCCAGGAAGACCGCAGACAAGCGCAAGGCCAUGCUGGACGAGCUGGCCAUCGAGAUGGCGCAGGAGAAGUCGAGACACAAAGAGGAGCUGAGCGACCUGCGACUCCAGCAUGAGAAAGAGGUGCUGUGCAUCCGGGCACGCUACGAGAAAGAGCUCCGCGGCCUCCACGAAGAAAAGAGCCGCACGGAGGAGGAGAUCCGCGCCCAGCUACGAGACGAGAAGGCUCGCAAUAAGGAGCUGGAGGGUCUGCAGCAGAGUGUGGAAGAGCUGCAGGCUCAGUUGCAGUCCAUGGAGGGAACCAAGGGAUGGUUCGAGCGCAGGCUGAAAGAGGCCGAGGAGAUAAUCGAGAAGAACAGACUGGAGCACACAGGGGAGAUGGAGAGACUGCAGAGAGAACAAGCCCUCCAGCUUGAGGAGAAAUCGGGAGAGAUCGAGGCCGUGAAACAGCAGAUCACCACCAUGGACAAGGAGAGAGAGGAGCUCAAUAACACCAUCGCUAAACUCAAACAGGAGAUUAGAGACACUGUAGAUGAACAGCGGAUUCUGGAGAAGAAAGGCAGUUCAGCGCUGAAAGACUUGAAGCGGCAGCUCCAUCUGGAGCGCAAAAGAGCGGACAAGUUGCAGGAGAGGCUACAAGAAAUCCUGACCAACUCCAAGACCAGGACAGGUCUGGAGGAGCUGGUGUUGUCUGAGAUCAGUUCUCCGUGUCGGACCCAGCAGACAGGAGACAGCAGCAGCGUCUCGUCCUUCAGCUACAGAGAGAUGAUGAAGGAAGGAGCAUCGGCACAGACCACCAAUAAGUCCAACACCAGCAGUCCUCAAUCCCAAAGACCAGCUGACCUCUCUGACGACGAGGUCAACGAACUCUUCCAGAGGCUGGCUGAGGUGCAGCAGGAAAAGUGGCUGCUGGAAGAGAAGGUGAAACACUUGGAGGUCAGCUGCUCCUCUAUGGCCGACGACAUCUGCAAGAAGAGCGCCAUCAUAGAGACUUACGUCAUGGACAGCAGGAGAGAUGGAGGAGGAGCUGCAUCUCAUGCUGCUCACCAGGGAGAGAGGGGAGGUCUGAGUUCGGUGCUCCGGGAUCUGGUCAAGCCUGGAGACGAGAACCUGCGGGAGAUGAACAAGAAGCUGCAGAACAUGCUGGAGGAACAACUCACCAAGAACAUGCAUCUACAGAAGGUACGGUGUGAGGAGCGAUGGACGAUAUGGGGAGAAUAUUCCGCUGCGAUACGUGAAGACAACGUUAUACAUAAUACAGUAUGUCUCACAUAGGUAUCAUGAUUUAUCAAGGCAGAGGACAACAUCUACAGCUUAGUCGAAGCAUUUACGAAUGUUGACCUCUGGAGGCAUGUAAAUGAAAUAAAGUUUGCACACCGACGGAGAAAGAACGGUGGAUAUGUGGAUCUGCUUCUGGUAGGCGUUUCACAUGUUGUACGUGGGUGAACGUUGAUCUGUGAAUUCACGUGCCUCGGUCUCGUGAGCCAAUAGAAUACAAGUGGGCUGGACUUCAGUAGCUGUUUAUUAUUUAGUACUUGAUUUUAUUUUAUUUUAUUUUUCCCCCCUUUAGUGCUUUUAUACUGUUGCUUCUUCAUGGGUAUACGCUAGCAUUUUUGUGGUAAAAUUAAGCGAUUAUUAUUAUUAUUUAUUUAAUUUUUUCCCCUCUCUCGAAUACUUCGAUUGUGUUAGCGUGGAGAAAAAUGGAAACGAAGCAAUUAGUAAAAAGCCGUUUAAACAUUCAAUCAUAAAGCUUUUAAACCACUGACACCUGGCGAUAAUCAGAAAAGUGAAUCAUGAAGUCAGUAUUGUAAUAUCAAUGAUAUAUUUCAUAUGCCCCAGCGCUAACAGCGAGCUGGUGGCCGUUUGGGGCAGUCAGAGUGGGAGCUGAGAGAUCUUCUAACCGGUACAGGCGGCCAUCUUAGAAAUGACCUGUUUUAGCGAAAGAAGCAAAAAUGUAUUCUUAUUACAGAAAUUAUUCUUAUUAGUGUUUCCAGAUCCAAAUCCAGGUAGGUUUACGUAGACCUGAAUCUUAGCAAACAUGACUCAUGAGAUUUCCUGCUUCGCUAAUAAGCUGCACAAACUAUCGGCAUGAUGCUGGAGGGUUGUGUGUAGAGCUAGUUCUGACAGGGUGCUAGGCAGUGUGUGUGUGUGUGCGCGGAGGCGGUUUGCUGUCACGACGCUCUGAGACUCCAGCGAUGGGAGCUUAUUCAUCGCGAGCCAAAAGGUGGGUGGUUUAUUUUUUUUCACAAUGAAGCGGUUAGUGGUGCAGGAAUAGAAACACUACCCCGGGCGACGCGUUUGAUGGGAUUACACCAUCAUACAGAUCAACUAAUGGCAAUUAACCUCACCAUCCACUUCAGCGUCCACGUUUCAAGAGAAUUCAGUCUGAUUCAGACCAGUUAGCAUGCUGCUAGAGUUUUAAAAUGCUAGUGUUUUAAUACAGACGUAACAUGUAACGUCCAAGUUCUUUUUAUGUAACCCAUGGUCAUGUUUGUUGGUAUGGAUUUGGAUGUAUUUAUAAUGAUUGUGGAGGUGUGUGCGCAUUCAGAAUAUAUGUAUGUAUAUAUACACGGAUGAGAAAACUAGUGUUGCGUACAGAAACGAAUAGGAUUUCACGCUUAUAAAUACACAGCAGUGCAGCUUAUGCAAGAAGUCAUCGACAUCGCUGUGAAGAGUAUUGGCGAGUAUUUGAAGGUUCGUUGAAAUUCAAUCACUUUUAACAAGCACCACGUUUCAAAGUUAAGUCGGCGCGAGAAAAAGGCCGCACUUAAUCAGUUUUAAAGGCAGAAGCGAGGACAAAAGGUGUUAGCAUGCCAGCCACUACAGUUGAUACGUCUUGACAGGUGCCUGGCUGAGACAGAUAAGUACGGUUGCUUUCUUCUGACCCCCGGAGAACAUCCAUUUCAAACUCAUUUAAUAAACGAGUCUCAUUACAGUUAGUCCAACGUGUUAGCACACCACUAACAUCUUAACUAGGCUUGAGUGGGGUAGUUUAUCGGCAUUCAUCCGAAAGGUUUCUUGAACAAAUUGACCGCAUAUCAAAACACACUGCAGUUCAUUAUAAGAACACAACAUUUCCAAAUUAUGGUUUAACUAUACAGAAAUAUUCAAAAAGUAGAGGUGCAGAAGUAUUCACCCCUUUUAAUAAAAAGUUGUUGUUGUUUUUGUACUGAAAUUGACUUAAAUGUGAUUUAUAUAUCAAUUUUUAGAAUGUCAUAACAUUAGCACGUUUAAGUCAGUAGCUUUACGGACCUGAGUUUAUCGGUCUAUAUUGCCCCCUAGUGGAGAGUCGAGACUAGCUUGUUUUUUUUUUUUUUUCCUAAUUCAAUUCGAUUAUGUUCCACGAGACCAUUUUAAUUUAGAACACAGUUUCUAAACCCAUUUGAUGGACCAGAUUAGAGCCACCUCGCGGGGCCGUAUGUUUGAACCUAUGCGAUACGCCGGAUCUCAACGUUAUCACCUUCUGCAGGAAUCAGAAAGCAUCCGCACCGAGCCAAGAGGCCCGUUGGCUUUGUUUCAGACAUGUUGAGCUCCAAGAGGCACUUAUAAAAGAGACAAGUGCGGUUCCGUCCACACUGUUUUAUGCUAAUUUUGAACCUGUGCAUGAGAAAACCUGAAUGGAAAUUCAGCACACACACACACACACACACACAAAAAAAAAAGAGAAUGUUUUGCACUCAGCUGAGGUGGAAAAGUGAAGAUGACAUAGUGGCCCAUCGUGGAUGUUUUAGCAAGUUUUCACACUGCAGAAGCAGUUUUGCACCAAGAGUCUGGAACGUUUGAUCAAGUGUGAAGGCUGUUUUGUGUGCUUUCAGAAACGAUUUCGGUGAAAGCGACCUGCUCUUAGGGCCAGGCAGCAAAUUAGGUGAUUCGGCAAGACGGACCUCGCUGCACAAGCAAAAGUACAGGGGGUGUGGCUGGACCUGAUCCAACUUCUAUAAGCCUAACCCCUAACCAAGACAAUGCUGUACAACACGAGCUUUUGGGCCAAAUGUGAAAACACGGUUAGUCUUCGAGUGACUAGGUGUUGAGAGAACAUAAGAGUGUCAUGGGGACAAAAUACAGAGACGUGAGUUUUGAAUGCAGACGUGUCGAGUUUUAUUGAUAUUGACAGGUAUAGCGGAUUUGGUAUACAUUAGAUCGAAGCAGUUAAAGCCGUGCUGAGUCACCGAUGCAUUGUAGGUGUGUCUGGUUAUCUCACAGAGCUC